CACAGAUUCCAGCACAAAGUACGGUUUUCAGAAACUCAAAAGUGGUGUUUUAUAUUGUGUUCUUCGCUGAAAUUACAUUUUAAUCCGCCGCUGCUGUCCUCAUGGCAGAGGUGUACUAUGUGGGGGUGGAUGUGGGCACUGCCAGUGUGAGGGCGGCUCUGGUCACCAGGGCAGGCCGGGUGGAGAGCACCGCAGAGCAGCCCAUCAGCAUCUGGGAGCCCCUCACCGACCACUAUGUGCAGUCCUCCACUGAAAUCUGGGACAAAUGCUGCACUGCUGUCAAGAGAGUUACCCAAGGUGUGGAAAGGAGUCAGGUACGAGGGAUCGGCUUUGAUGCCACCUGCUCUCUCGUGGUUUUGGACCAAAGCUUCCAGCCUGUGCCAGUCAGUCAGGAUGGUGACCCACAGAGGAACGUGGUGAUGUGGAUGGACCAUCGCGCUGCAGAGCAGGCCGCUCGUAUAACCAGCGCCGGCCACGGGGUCCUCAGCAGGGUGGGGGGGGUCAUGUCGCCAGAGAUGCAACCCCCCAAGCUGCUGUGGCUCAAAGAGAAUCUAAGAGAACGCUGCUGGAACCAAGCUUCUCACUUUUUGGACCUUCCAGACUUCCUGUCCUGGAAAGCGACUGGCUCUUUGACACGGUCUUUGUGUACUCUUGUGUGUAAGUGGACUUAUUGCCCUUCUGAAGGAUGGGACGCUGGUUUCUGGACGAGCAUUGGACUGGAGGAUCUCCUGGAGAACAACUAUUCCAAAAUAGGCAACGUGACGUGUUCUCCAGGGAGCCCUCUGGGGGAUGGCCUCUCCCAGGAGGCAGCAGCAGAUUUGGGUCUAGAGACAGGAACUGCAGUGGGGGCUUCUCUCAUUGAUGCUCAUGCUGGAGGCCUUGGUGUGAUCGGUGCAGAUGUUAAAGGCUUUAACUUGCCCUGUGAGCACCAGCCAAUCACAUCACGCAUGGCGAUGAUCUGCGGGACAUCAACCUGUCACAUGGCGAUCAGCGAGCAGCCUCUCUUUGUGCCGGGGGUGUGGGGGCCCUGUCUGUCUGCCAUGGUGCCGGGCAUGUGGCUCAACGAGGGGGGACAGAGCGCCACAGGAAGGCUGAUGGAGCACAUGGUGAAGGGCCACGCCGCCUACACGCAGCUCCAGGAAGAGGCACGGCACAGAUUUCCCUUAAAUGGAGAGAACCUGUACACCUACCUGAACAGCCACCUGAGUUCCAUGGCUGACUCUGGAUCUGCUAUGGACCUGCUGGGCUCCAGCCUUCACGUGUGGCCAGACUUCCACGGCAACCGGUCGCCCCUGGCUGACCCCAACCUGAAGGGCAUGGUGAUCGGGCUGCCGCUCUCCAGAACCCUGGAUGACUUGGCUCUGCUAUAUCUGGCCACUAUACAAGCCCUGGCUCUUGGUACGCUUCAUAUUCUGGAGGCCAUGAAGGAAGCAGGACAUGACAUCAGGACCCUCUUCCUGUGUGGCGGGUUGAGCAAAAAUGCUCUGUAUGUCCAGAUUCACGCUAACGCUACAGGGCUGCCUGUGGUGCUGCCUGACCAGAAAGAGGCGGUGUUAAUAGGAGCAGCGGUCCUGGGUGCAUGUGCUUCACAGGACUACAGCAGCAUACAGGAGGCGAUGGAGAGGAUGGCUAAAGUGGGGAAAGUUGUUCUGCCUGACGGCGAGCUCCGGAGCUUCUAUGAGAGAAAGAACAAAGUGUUCCUGCGACUGUUCGCCCACCAGAGGGAGUACCAGGGCCUCAUGAGCCAGAGAUGACUCGGCUGCUGGGACACUCUGACGUAAUCGUGAUGACGAAUGACUGGAAACGAGAUCACAAGUGUUAACCUUGGUGCUUUCUGUCUGAUAUUGAUGAUGACGACGACGACAAACAGCUACCU